AUGAUUGGUGGCUAUGUGCAAUCUAGUCAGUUUAGUAAGGCAAUUGAUAUGUUUCUAGAAAUGUGUAGUUGUGGGGUUUGGCCAAAUCUAGUCACUAUGUUGAGCAUAAUUCAAGUUUGCAUUAAAAGUGGGGAUUUCAAGCUUGGAAAAUGUGUUCAUGGGUGCAUAGUUAGACUGGGAAUGGGUAAUGAGGUACGGACCUCACUAAUUGAUAUGCAUAGUAAUAUGGGUGAAAUGCAAAGUGCCUGUUGGGUUUUCGAGACCAUGCAGACAAGAAAUUUGGUUUCAUGGAAUGUCAUGAUAUCGGGGUGUACUCACAAUGGUCUGGUGCAUGAGUCUUUUGUCUUCUUCCACAGAUUAGUCACAAGUGAUGGUAGGUUUGAUUCUGGGACUAUGGUGAGCCUUGUUCAGGGCUGUUCUCAAACAGCUGAUCUGGAAAGUGGAAAAAUCCUACAUUGUUGUGCUUUUCGGAGGGGUUUUGAUUUAAAUCCCAUUUUUUCCACUGCCAUUGUUGAUCUCUACUCUAAAUGUGGUGCAAUAAAGCAAGCACCUUUUGUCUUCGACAGAAUGGAAGAGAGGAACGUGAUUACAUGGACUGCUAUGCUGCUAGGAUUGGCACAAAAUGGGCAUGCAGAAGAAGCCUUGAAACGAUUCUGUCAGAUGCGAGAAGAGGGAAUUGCUGCAAAUUCAGUAACUCUUGUUAGUUUAGUCCAUUCUUGUUCCCAUUUAGGUUCUCUGAAGAAAGGAAGGAGUGUUCAUGGACUUGUCAAAGAGGGGAUCAAAUUAUUCCAUAGCAUGGAGAGAGACCCUGACAUUGUGCUGACCGAAAAACACUAUGCUGGCAGAUUUGAAGAAGCAGAGGCAUUGAUGGAGCAAAUGCCUUAUAAACCAGGAAAUUAUGUUCUUGAAGCAUUGCUAAAUGGAUGUCACGCUCACAAGAACAUUGAUCUGGGCAAGGAGAUGGGAUUCUACAACUCACAUCCAAAUUGGGCAGAGAUUCAUCAGCAUUUGGAGAUUUUAAGAGUAGCAGUUGAGGCUUCUGAUUAUGUACCUGAUACAAGUUGUGUUCUUCGUGACGUGGAUGAGCCUGCGAAGGUAAGGUUGCAAUGGGACCACAGUGAGAGAUUAGCCAUUGCAUUUGGACUUUUAAGCACACCAGCUGGGAGCUUGAUUAGGAUCACAAAGAAUCUGCGUGUAUGUGUUGAUUGUCACAAUGUGACUAAAUAUAUAUCCAAGAUUGUGAGGGGGAAACUUAUUGUGAGAGAUGCCAAUCGUUUCCAUCACUUUGUUGAUGGGAAAUGCUCCUGCAUGUAUAAGAACCAAUUGCAAGAGUUGGCUCAGAGAAGUUGCUUCAAUUUGCCAUCUUAUUCAUGCAUCCGAGAAGGUCCAGACCAUGCCCCUCGAUUCAAAUCAACAGUCAACUUCAAUGGAGAAACUUUUGAAAGUCCUACAUUUUGCUCUACUCUUAGACAGGCAGAACAUGCUGCAGCAGAAGUAGCAUUGAACACACUUGCAAAAAGAGGCCCUUCCAGAGCAUUGGCUGCAAGAGUAUUGGAUGAAACUGGAGUUUACAAGAACUUGCUUCAGGAAACUGCUCAUAGAGCUGGGUUGAACCUUCCUGUUUAUACGACUGUUCGAUCUGGACCAGGCCAUGUUCCUGUGUUCUCAUGUACAGUUGAGCUAGCAGGAAUGAGCUUUAUUGGGGAACCAUCUAGGACAAAGAAACAAGCUCAGAAAAAUGCUGCGAUGGCUGCUUGGACAGCCCUGAAAAGAUUGGCUGGACGUGGCUCGACUUCUUCAGCGGAGUCUAGAGGCAAUGAAGAACAGGAACAAGUAAUUAUUGCUCGUAUUCUUGGAAGUUUUCAGCCAUCAGAGUCUAAAAAUACUCAAAGUGAUCGCCGACAUGGACAGCAGACAUACAUUCCCAUCUACAACAAAUCUACCCUGCCAUCACCAAGCUUAUAUCCUAUGCAAUUCCAGAACUGGGCUUAUUCUAAUUAUUCCCCUGAAAUAGCAAUGUAUGAAUUGUGGCAGCAAGAGCAAUUAUUACAGCAACAAAAUUGCCUGCUGCCGCUUCCUGUUUCACUAGCUACUCCAUCUAUUCCUCAGAUGUUUCCAUUUAUGCAAUCUGUGCUCCACCCUGAUCACCGUCUAUACUUUCCAGCAAGGGGGCAACAGUCAACCUCUGCGGGACCUAGAAUUACAAUUGCUACAUCAGGCCCAUCAUUCUGCUUCUCAAACCAUUUAGUUCCUAACCCAAUCAGGGGCAAGUCCACAGUGACUAUUCAAGAGAUACAGGAAGAAAAGCCAGAAGAAUCACCCGAGUACUCUCCAUCUGUAGUGUCAGAUCCGUUUAGUCCUGGAAACAGCGGCACUGAACUAAGAAUCCAGGAACAAGUUCAGGAUGAGAAACAGAAGCUUGGUGAGUUAGGAAGCAAAGUUGGAAGCCUUCAGCUGGAAUGCAAUCCAACUGGGCAAUUUGGAUGGCCUCACCCUAGGAUGAUGGAUUCUAGUUUUAAGCCAGUUGACUUUGGAUUACAAAGGCCUCAUGGCUUUGACUCUUGUAGGCCCAAUUUGAGACCCCAAAAUCCUCCAGGAGUAAGUACUCCUACAAGCCUAAGACCACAAUUUGCUGCAGAUCCUGUAAUAAUGAGAACUGUAAGGCCUACUUCUUCAGUGGGGUCUAGACCACAAAAUUUCCCAAGCAGGAUUCCUGCUCCACCAAGAAUGAGAACUGGGAUUCCUUUGUCUUCAGCUGCACCCAUGCCUGAAAGAAAAGAACUGGGAGGACUACGACCUAGCUUCAUGGCACCAGCUGUUCGAAUUAGAUCAGUUGUACCGGUUUGUUCAGCUCCACCAGCAAGAAAAUUGCCAAGUUCCAGCCAGAGGAGAGAGUUACCAAACAUGGAGAAGAAAGAUACCAAUCAAGAAGACACGUCAAAAGCAAGUUGA